AUGAAUGUGCCAGCUGAUUUGAGCGUUUAUUUCCCUGAUAUGCCGAUACAAAGGCUGAAUGAUGUGAUGCUCAGGCAACUUAAUCCACGAAAAUAUUGGAUUAUUGAAAAAACGAUCAAUAAUAUGGGAGCACUUUCUACAGCUGCACAGGGAUUGAAACGUGUGCUCACCACGUACGAUAAGAUAAUCAAUUCUGACGAUGGACAGGUGCUUUACUUGUUGUGGAGAAAAAAUCCAAAUAAUGAGAAUUCGAGUAUAAUAAUAGGUUUGUUAAAGAUUGGCUACAAAAAUCUCUAUUUGAUGGAUCAGUCUACUAGAUCUUUUGAAGUAGUACCAUUAUGUGUGCUCGAUUUUUACGUUCAUGAUACUCUUCAACGACAAGGAUACGGACAUGCUCUGUUUGAUUAUAUGUUACAACAGGAAAACUCGUCUGCGGAAAAUGUUGCAAUCGAUAAGCCAUCGCAAUCGUUAUUGCAGUUUAUGAACAAGCAUUAUGGUUUGAAUGAUCCAGUAUGGCAAGUUACUAAUUUCGUUGUUUAUCCUCCAUUUUUCGAGAAUAUCAAAUUAUGCGGCUCCUCCACUUCUAUCAAUAAACGGUAUGCAAAGUCUGCAAGAACGGAAGUUGCGAAUGAAAAUCAGUACUCCGACGAAACAAGUAAUACUCGUUGUCAGAAACGAGUUAGUAACCCAAUGGAGGAUAAUGUUGGGAUUGGAAGACGGAUCGUUGUCGAUCCAGAAACGGGUCAAGGAAGAAAAUUUCGUGAUUCGGAGCAUCAGUCGAUAUGGUAA